CAGCCCAACCUCAUUGCAAAAUAUUUCGCUCAUACUGUAGCUAAAAUUGCAUUAGCAAUUUAAACAAUAUUUACACCGGAACCCACGCUGCAGAUUGAUACAAUCACCCACAUAUAUAGUAACUUCUACUGUAAGCUGAGCAGGCCUUGGAUAAAGUAUCUGGUUCCGCCAUAAAUUUUGAACACGAAGAACAAGUUCACUGCAAAAUUCUCUGACGGGCUUCAUCUCAGGCUAGUUCACGUCUGAGACCUAAUAAAAGUAACAAUGGGGAAGGGACAGUGGAAUAUUUUGUUUUCAUUUUUUCUUACCCUUGUAGCAAUUUACAUCAAUUCAACCAACGGGUAUGAAUUCCACAACCGCAAAAGCUCAAGGCUGGUGGAACAAUUUUCGUCGGAAGGCCAUCAACAUCCUGGAGGUAAUAGUGGAUCUUUAAAUGAACCAGACCCAGCUGUGUCUGUAGUGCUAAAAACAAAAGAUGUUGCGGAAGGUGGUGUAACCGUUGCAUUUCUGAUUCAGCACACAUCCACAAAUCCCUUCACGAAUACAGAAUUUCGGGAACGGUGUAUUAUAAAAGGGACAGAAAAAUGGCUAAAUGAAAAGAUAUAUGUACAAGACGAUAAUACAUUUUACCUUCUUGGAAGGAGAGGAAGCCUAAAUAAAAGUAAGCUGAGUAACGUUGGUAAGGCAAUCGAAAAACUAGAAACAGCAAAAUCCACUGUAACAACACCCCCUCCAACCAAGGUGGACCGUCCAUUUCCUACAAUAGAAGUACUGACCAGUAAUCCUGAACAAAGGAUUGGGAAAAAGGACUACAAUUCAAUUAUUCUAUUACCUGACUUUAAAGGGCUUACGUCCGACCUGAACAACAGAGAGAAAACAUAUGAUACUGUACUGCUUGCAGAAGGACACCCAGUAACAACAACAGUGAAUCUUCAAGAUAAAGUUACGAUUAAGGAUUAUGGCGGAAGAAUUAUGCAUUUAGAGGGAACCGUUCAGCACGACCUGGUUAAAGAAGCAAUUAAAGAAGCCUGCGGAAAUCCCAGAAAUACUGGGAAAGGAUCUCGGGCUCCAACGUUUGGCAGGAGUGGAAUUUAUAAUAGCCAAAAUCUACAUGGAGGAAGAAAUUUUGCAAUGAGUAGAAGUUCAAACUCACUCGCGACAAUUGGGGGAGGCAACAAAAAUAUAAAACAGCGCAAUGGAUCAUUCGGAAGUCAAAGAUCAUUUACCCUAGGGAAACGAAAGACGUAUCAAAAUUCGUGCUCCGGCAAAAAAAUCAUGAGAAAGAGGCAAGCAUUACUCCAAGUAUAACCGUUGAUCGCGUUUGGAUCAUAGAAAUUCCGAAGCGACUGAUUUGUUUAGUUUCUAAUUCAGGCGACAGAAUUCCACCAUUUCAUUUGUUAAAUUUAUUUAUGGAAACAAAAUUAUUUCGAGCAAUAUACUUUAUUUUAAAUAUUUUGCACUAAUACGCAUUACUUAGAAUAAUUCUGUGAAUUUCAUCUUUGGAUUGUUUUAACAAAUCUAAAUAAAUCAAACCGAUUUCA